ACCGCCUACACCGUAUCCAUCCUCGGUUGGGGUCUGAAAGUUGAAGAAUUCCAGUUCCACUGUAUGGCUGUCAGCACUUACUCUUACAAGUAGUCCUUCCAUGCCCUAUAAUUAGUCAUGCGGAAUCGGGAAUCAUACCGCCUGCUAGCGCUUUAAUAUUAUUCUGCGCGAGCUUCUGCGUGAUGCCCGCAAGCAUACUUCGCGGACAGGCAACCACCGGCUUAUCGUUGACAGUGAAGCGCAACAAAAAGAACGGGAUGUUUUCCUCCCAGGGCAACCUUCGAAAUGACGACAAGUCUGCAACAGCAAUAAAAUCGGAAUAACCUCCAUUCUCCGAUGCCAUGGCCGAGCUUGCGGGAUCGGCGUAUAGGGCGUCGUGCAUGUCCCAGCCAAAGACGGCAGAGCUGAACCCAAAGCCGGAUUCGACGGUUGAGAGGAAUUUGUCUUUUGACAUUACUUUGCCACGGAGGAUACCUGACGAGUCGACGCCGGCGACUUUGACUUUGAGGUCAUUUUUCAAGGAGUCGGCGAUGUUGUCCAGCGUUAGGAGUGUCAUGGUGGAUAACCUGUAUUUUGGCGCUGGGAGACGCAGUAUGGCCAGAGACAAAAAAAGAGAUAUGUAGCUAUCUUUUAAGAGAAAGGUGGAAGAUUAGAAACAGUUGCGGAUACAGUCAUUAUAUUUCAACCCGGAAUCUGCAUUAUAAACUACGUUGUGCUUAUUGGAAUCCUCUUACAUGGAGCCGUUUCGACCUAGCUGAAGGCCCACCCGGAGCUGCGCCAGAACUGGGACCCAUCGAGACGCGGUCCGCGCGGUCUUACGAUCAUGGAGCCGCCCUCCACUUACAGCGGCUAAUUUUUUUAUAAUUUUACCAAUCAGGGUGUUUGCCGCCAAAUCAUCUGCUGCUUGCCCUUUGAAUGAGCGACACUGGAACAUUAUUGGGAAUGAAUGGUGGAUAGGAGGGUGGGCGGUUAAUUGAAUACUAAAACGCUCUACAGAUAUGACUGCCCUGGUCAAGAAAUGAAAACUUUUAAUAAAUCUAUUGAACGUCAAAAUCAAUCAUCAAAAUGGGCGUAUACCACAUUGCUGUUCUGGAGUGCGACACCCCAGUCGACACAGUCGUUACCUCUCGCGGCACGUAUGGCGACAUCUUCAAGGAGCUGCUCACCAAGGGACUGGAAAGAGGUGGCCCAGCGGCCGGCGACAUCCAGCUCCGUGUCUCAAAGUGGGAUGUCGUUGGGUCCAGCUCGUUUCCAGAUAUUCGUGAAGUAGACGCGAUAUUGCUGUCGGGAAGCAAGCACACAGCUUUCGAGGACGACGCGUGGAUCGUCCGGCUAGUUGACCGCGUCAAAGACAUUCUCACCACGCACCAGAAGCCACUCGUCGGCAUCUGUUUUGGGCACCAGAUAAUCGGACGUGCGAUGGGCGCCGCGGUCGGCGUGAGCCACGGAGGAUGGGAGGUAUCGGUAAACACGAUUGAUCUGAACAGCCAUGGCCGCCAGCUCUUCGGAACUUCAAGCCUGUCACUGCAUCAAAUGCACAAGGACGCCGUUCUAGAGGUACCAAAGGGGUUGGUUAAUCUCGGGAGCAGCCCGAGCUGUCCGAUUCAAGGACUUUACAAAAAGGGAAGCAUUCUGUCGCUCCAGGCGCACCCAGAGUUUGAUGAAUUUACUAUGAGACAAAUAAUUCAGACGAGACAUGUGCAGAACGUUUUUGAUGAUGCCAUGUUCAACGACGGCAUGGCGAAGGUUGGAAAGCCACAUGGGGGGGACUUGGUGGCGUCUGCUAUUUGGCAGUUUCUACUUGAUGGAUGAAUAUUUAUAACUAAAGGGAAUGGAU